AUGGUAAGCCUCCAUGAAGCUAAAUCUCUAUUUAAACAAGUUAAUACAAAUCGAGAUGGAAGUAUUGAACUACUUGCAAAUUGUGGCCAAAAUUUUCGCCCUCGUCUACAUUGUUGGGUUUUUAGUUUGCUUGAUCUUUGGCCGCGAUUAGGAAACUACGUUAGUAUUGAUAUAAAUGAAUUUCUUAAGUGGAUUUCAAAUGCUGAAGGAUUGAAUUCUUCAUCAUACAAAUCAACAAUUAGUAGACUUAAUCGUUAUAAUAAUACUGCUAGUCAAUUGGAUCGAUAUAAUUAUAAGGUCAGUUCUCAAAAUAGUUUGGGAUAUACGGCUGAUAAAUAUGCUUCAUAUGAAACUACAGCAGUAGCUAGUGAGUUAAGUAAUGAUACGACGAUUCAUACAAGUAGUUUAGAAGAAACAAAUGAAUAUCUGGAAAAAUUAGCUAAUAAUAUUUAUAAGGAUCCUAAUCCAAGAAUUAUUCGACAAGCAACAACUGAAAAGCCAGUAACACUACAACAACGAGUUCUUGUUCGAUAUCUUCAACCACCAGCUGUUCCACCACCAGGACCACUCAUUAUUAAAGAAGUGCGUCUACGACAACCGUCACCACCUUCACCACUUGUCAUACACGAAUAUGCGCCACCUCUUCCCUCACCACCUCCACUUAUCUUACGUGAACGGCCACCAACACCGCCGCCAUAUGUUCCUAGUGAGACAAUUAUUCGUACCUUACCUGCUAUACCUGUUCCACCAAGAUCAGUUGUCAUCGAACGUUUUCUACCUCCUCCAGAAAAACCACGCGAUAUUAUAAUUGAACGAUGGAUUCCCUACGGACCUCAACCUGUACGCCGUACAAUUAUUGAACACGCUCCUCCUGGGAUACAAUAUCCACAACCAUCUGAUACUAUGAUUAUUUAUUCUGCUGGGGAAACACUUAGGGCCCAAAAAUUUGAAAAACUUGGUGUUACUCAAGAAGAUCCUGCCAUUUAUGUAGCUCGUGAUGAGCCAUCGCUUUUAGAGCCAGCAACACUUGUUCAGCAAGCUCGCAACGGUGAUGUUAUUGGAGAUAUAUCGUCUCCGGUACUAUCAUCUUCAAUAUAUGCAGCUACAGGUGGAAAUACUGUUCAUUUGGAUCAAUCAAAUAAAAUAAUCAAUCAAGGUUUUUCAUUAUCGCGUGGAACUCAUAGUGAAGGAAUUCAAUUAGAUGCUGAUACCAACGGUAUGAAUCUUAGUAAUACAAGGUAUUCAUUUUCAGCAUCGACGUUUAUUGGUGACAGUGCUUCAGCUGGUAGUGCUGGUGUAACUCGAAGUGAAUUUAAUGACGGAGAUGCUAGUGUUACCACUACUCAUUCUAACCGCGUUGGAAAAUUAAAUCAAACAAAAUUUGAACAAUAUAUUUAA